AUGCCGGCCUUUGCCUUUUGGAAGAAUUCCCGGGCUGAGAAGGGUGAGGAACAGCUGGUGACGGGGAAAAAUACUCGAUCCAAUGCAACAGCUGCAACAGAAGCACUGGGUACGGCUACUGAGAUUGUGCACAAGAAUCUUGAUCUCGAUCCGGGAAAUAAGGACUGUGGUGUGUUUGUCUUCGAUCAGUCUUCUCUGGAGCCACUGACGCUGCCUCCGCGUGUGCCGCUGGAAAAGGCGGCUGAGACGGCGUGUGGAGAGGUAGAAAGGGGAUCUGAAGAUACGGGUGAACGGGAUGUCGAGGAUACAGAGUCUUUGUAUCCGGCUCCUUUGACUCCCAGACGAACAACUAGCAUCAUCGCCACCAAGCGCGACGUAGAAACCUCGACUGCACUCACCAUCUCAGCACCAUGCAGCAAUCUCAGCUCUGCCGUCUACACACACGAAAUCAAUACUCUGGCAUCUCCAUCUCGGCCCACAUCCUUCACUCCCGUGGACGCCACAACACCACCCAGUCCAUGCACAUCAGGCAGUCCCACCAAGGCCGCGUCUCCCCAACGCCACGAUUCCAUCGUGCGCCUCCGCCGCCCAGCAGACCUCAAUCUGGGCACGCACCCCGUAUCCAACACUUGCUCGCCGCGCUCCGAGCUCGAGCAGCGCCACGCUCUAAUCCGCAACUCCAAGACGCAAUCCAAAGCCGCACUGCGGUCUCCAACUGCGCUUCUGCACGACCGCCUGAACCUGCGGGCGCCGCAGCUAGACACAAAAACAACCACUACCACCACCACCACCACCACCAACACGACCAAACCCCGUGUCUUUGCCCCGCCACAAGCCCCAGAAAACGGGUGCUGGCUCCCGGGGCCCAAGGCCCAGGCCCAAGCCUUCACCAGCACGUCCAUUUGCGCGCGCACAGAAGCCAGUCAGCGGCCCGCAUGGUGGUGUAAAUUCGACAAGCUCGUUGUGUUCGACGGCAUCACGACGGAUGCACAGGGCGAGCCGCGGAUGCGCACGCGCACCAGCAAAGGGCUGAGUGUAGCGCGGCGCGGCGGCCGCCUCGAAUCCAUUGUGAUUCCGCUCGACUGCGCGCACUGCCAGGAGAUGCUCAAGCGGCACGAGUGGAAGUACGAUAUGCGCGUGUGCGAGCGCAGCGUGUGCUGGGAGUGCACGGAGCGGUGCAAGUGGGAGGCUGGAGAGGAGGAGAAACGACGGACUACUCAGACUGGGAAACACGAGGGCAAUAGGAUUCGUGCGGAUAGUGUGUUGCAAGAGUAG